UCUUUGGUUAACUUUGACUUAUGUACGACAAAGUAGACAUACUAAUAUGACUUGAGUCUACAAAAAUGAUAGUGAGAAAGAAAUACGCUAUUGAUUAUUUGAAGUCUAGUCCUGCUUCGGACUAAAUAUCCAAUUAGCCUAACAAUCUGGGGACAAAGUGAUCCAGUUGCAAGUUGUAAACAAGAACGCAUGGUCGACUCCAGGCAGACCCGGCGAGAGAGAUUGUAAACAUUAAGUGUUAAGUGAGCUUCGUGUUUCAAAUUGCUCGGCGCAAUGAAUAAAAAGAAAGCAUGCAUUGAAAGUCUUGCAGCCUUAGAGAGUCAGGAGCCUCCACAGAAAAUCAGUAGAAGUGGAAGUCCACCUAUGGCUUUGUCGUUGACUUCUUCCGAGGAAGGUGAUUCUUUCAGACGUGACCAGGCACACGUUCUUGAAGAACGUUUCAAUUCGACGAUUGCUACAGACCAGUCUCCGGGUGGAGGAAGCAGUACCGUUUCAACAGUAUCGCCAGCUAUUGAUUCCCCACUCCUCCAACACAGACAUUCACAUAUCAACGGUUCUAUUUUUAAUGAAAGAGUUCAAGCUUCUGUGGCCAAGGCGUUCCAGAGCUCUUCAGAAUAUCUUGAUGAAGUGUCUGGUGUCAAGCUGAGUUGUGAACCUUUCCGCCAUUGUGUGUUGCCCAACUUCAUUUCCAAACCGGAGUAUGUCACUGAUUUAGAGUCAGCUCUUUUGGCUCUCCCGCUCCGUGACAAGAACAAUGACCUAUACAAGUUCUCGCAGAGUCGAGAUCUGAACCACAGCAAAUCUUCUACUAUCUCCACUUUCAGGACAAUUUGUGAGUCGGUCAGGAACUUCUUAACUGAUGUCACGGGAAUCCCUCUCAACUCAAAGAUAGAUUUAUUUUGCUCACAGUAUAAGUACACAGACGUUCUGUUGUGUCAUGACGACGAGCUGGAGGAACGGAGAGUGGCCUUCAUCUACUACCUUGUUCCCGAGUCCUGGUCUUCUGUGGACGGCGGCGCCCUUGACCUGUUUGACAUAGAUGAACAUGCUCAGCCGAGAGACGUUGUCAAGUCGAUUGUUCCAAAGAGAAACAACUUCCUCUUCUUUGAAGUUUCAUCAAAGUCAUUUCAUCAGGUGGCCGAGGUUCUGUCAGAAGACAAGACCAGACUGUCUAUUAGUGGAUGGUUCCAUGGCCCUCCGCUGGCCCGCCCACAGCCUUACGUAGACAGUCUUCCGCCUGCAUUGCCAUACGGCAGCAUUGAGGAAGAGAUUUUUUACUCGUGGUUCAACCCGCUGUACUUGGCCCCGGAGGUUCAGAGUGACAUCAGGCACAGGUUUGAGCAGGACUCGGAGAUUGAGCUCACCGACUUCCUGCAGGUGGAGAAGUAUGAUGAGUUGAUGCUAGCUUUACAAGACUCGACUGUCAGGUGGAAAUUACUCGGACCUGCAAAUAAAAGGAACUACUACGUCGCUGACAAAAGCGACGUGCCUCAGAUCGUGGCGGAGUACCUGCGGGUCAUACAGUCGGACGCCGUGUUCCUGGUCCUGUCUAACCUGACAGGCCUCAAACUGCACAGCUUGGCGCCACUCUCGGAGGGGGAGGAGGGUGCCGCUGCAGCCUCGAAUGGGAACGGAGAAUCCUCCAAGUCGAACGGAGACGUGAGCAAUCCACGAUACAGAAGUGAAGUCCGGAAAUGGGAGCACGGCUGCUACACACUGGCCCAUGAUACAGACUCGGAAGCUUUUGAUUUCGCUCUGGAUUCCAUGUUAUACAUUGACUGUGGAAAAGAAUGGUCAUUUGAAAAUGGCGGCUACACUUCUUACAUUGCCAAAGGAGAGGAUGAUGAGCUGCUGUCGGUGGGCCCCGUGGGGAACUCUCUAGCGCUGGUGUACAGAGACAAGGACACCAUGCGGUUCGUGAAGCAUCUCAACCACCGCGUGUCCAAACUUCCCUCGCCAAGGUUCUUUGAGAUCAACACAGUUUACUUCGAGUGACUCACUAGACAAACUGUCUGGACUCACCUGGCAAGCUGUCUGGGGAGGAAAGUUCUAGCGUUUUAAAUUUGUGAAGCAAUGAAUGAAUGAUCAGCUGUGGCAGAGAAAAAAUGGUGCUGUUGUUUCUGUCUGUUGCUGUCCUUCUUCGAGUCAACACGCAUUCUUUUAGACCCUUCCUUUGUUCAGUAUUUGAUGGGGGAAAAGUGGGCGGUUAGCGGGUGCUCUGGUGUGGUUUGCUCCUUCUUUCCUAUCAAACAUCUAUCGUCCUGAUCUCUCCUCCCGU